UUAUACCGGCGCGGCGCCCGCAGGCGGUGAGCAGUGGUGGGCGAGCGGCGCCAUCAUGGAGGGGGGGCGGCAGGUGGCUAACUUCGGCGCGGGGCCGGCCAAGCUGCCGCGCUCUGUAUUAUUAGCAGCACAGAAAGAGUUGGUGGACUACAAAGGGCUUGGUAUUAGUGUUCUUGAAAUGAGCCAUCGGACCUCGGAUUUCUCAAAAAUUUUAAAUACAGCUGAAAAUCUCUUGCGUGAAUUGCUAAAUAUACCAGAAAACUACAAAGUUAUUUUCCUCCAAGGAGGUGGAUCUGGUCAGUUCAGUGCAGUCCCACUUAACCUUAUCGGCUUGAAGGAGGGAAGACAGGCGGAUUAUGUGGUUACUGGAGCUUGGUCAGCAAAAGCUGCUAAAGAAGCAGAGAAGUAUGCCAAAGUGAAUAUUGUUCAUCCGAAACUAUCAGCCUAUACAAACAUUCCUGACCCAGGCACUUGGAACCUCAAUCCAGAUGCAUCAUAUGUCUACUACUGUGCUAAUGAGACUGUUCAUGGUGUGGAGUUUGACUUUGUACCUGAUGUCAAAGGAGCAGUCUUGGUUUGUGAUAUGUCAUCAAAUUUCCUGUCGAGGCCUGUGGAUGUUUCCAAGUUUGGCGUGAUUUUUGCUGGUGCUCAGAAGAAUGUUGGCUGUGCUGGAGUUACUGUUGUAAUAGUACGUGAGGACUUGCUGGGAUUUGCACUGAAGGAAUGCCCUGUUGUAAUGGAUUACAAAACACAAGCAGUGAAUGGCUCUCUAUAUAACACUCCGCCAUGUUACAGUAUCUAUAUCAUGGGACUGGUACUGGAGUGGAUAAAGAACAAUGGUGGAGCUGCAGCCAUGGAUAAACUUAGUUUAAUCAAAUCACGAAUGAUUUAUGAUAUUAUAGAAAAAUCUGAUGGAUUUUAUGUAUGUCCAGUGGAGAAGAAGAACCGAAGCAGAAUGAACGUCCCCUUCCACAUUGGCAGUAUCAAGGGUGAUGAAGCCCUGGAAAAGAAAUUUCUUGAGAAAGCUGUGGAACUUAACAUGAUAUCUCUGAAAGGACAUCGAUCUGUGGGAGGAAUCCGUGCCUCUUUAUAUAAUGCAGUGACUGUAGAAGAUGUUCAGAAGCUUGCAACAUUCAUGAGAAGCUUCAUGCAGAUGCAUCAGUCAUAAAUACUCAUGGGUUAGAGCCAUCCUGCGCAUAUCUGAAAUAAAAGCUGAAGUGUUUGAAAAUUACUGUGCUUCUGCACAGCCACAGUGCACAAAUUACAUAUUAUUUUAGUUCCAGUAGCUAUUUUAGUUAUCUGUAUGGGAUUGAGGGCCAAUCUUGCAAGCCUUGGCUCCUAUUUGAAGAUGAAGAUAAUUAGACUGAUCGAGAUUGGAACCAAAAUUUGCAAAGCAAUAUUCUUAAUGUGUAGUUAAGGCAUUGUAAGUUGCUAUGGAUCUCAAUUCUGACCGUAGACUUACCACUACAACGCUCAGUUGAAAUUAGUCACUCUUUGAUUAUACGUAAACCCAGAAGAGGAAUCAGUACUACCAUUUGAAAAAUGUUGCCUGUCUCUUUUUGCUAGUUACAAAAUGACUUCUUCAAAUCUACCUUGUUCUGAGUACAUUCCUGAAGGCAAAAUUUCUUAUAAGUUUUCUAUAGAGCUUUACAUUGACUAUAUGACUGCAUAGUGACUGAUGAACUACCAUUAAGUGUUCUCUAAGGAUAUCCAGUUAGUUUAUCGGAUAUUUCAGUAGUAGUUUUCAGGAGUUAAUAUCUAGUUUCUGAACUUCAGCCACUGUGUUCCAAGAUUUGCUUCCAUGCAUGAGUUGUUAUCAUGGCAGCCCCAUGCAGUAGUACAUACUAGUGAAGUCUAGGACUGGAUCUUUGUUGGUAUUCCCAUUUACUGGUUGAAAGCUAAGAUGCAUGGACAUAUAAUUAAAUCAAUAUAUAAUAAGUUUAUCUAUGCAUUUUAUAUUUAAACUUCUUUAGGUUGUUAAUUUUGUAUUCUUAUAUUGGAGUGUGCAUAUUGAUGAUCCUACUAAAAACCUGUUUUAAUUUGCUACCCUUGUGCCAAAUUGGAUUGCUGUAUUCCACUCAGUGAAUCUCUGACUUUCUCUGCACUGACUUCGUAGUCUAAAGUGCGGAAGACUUUCCUGUCUUUCCUCUUGAAGUAUUUUCUUUGCAUUCUUGUUGCUUCAGUUCUGUCACCUUUGGUAUGUGGGACUCUACCCUGCUGUUGUAAGUGAAUGUCUUGAUUUCUGACUAUUCCUGGCACUACAUCACGCUUUAGGUCUAAUUUUCUCACUUGAACCUUGUGGCUUAUUCCAGACUUUGAUACUCUGGGGUAGGGAAAAAACUACGUUUAUGCAAAGAUCUUCAGAAGAUCUUCUAUGUAAUACCCUACUUGGGUUACUUUUCCUUCUUGGCCUUUAAUUUGGUGCCAAUUAAUGUAUAUUGACACUGGCUUCCUAUUUUAACUCACGUAAGGGCUAUCUGAUAAUAUCCCAGUGUUUAAUAUUACCACAACUAAUUCCAGACUGCAAACUUUCUGGUAAAGAAUUGGGUCUUUUUGUUUUAUAUAACACUAAUACAGUGGUAACAAUUUAAUAAUGCUAAUGAUGGACUGCUCCUUUCCUUGUGGAACCUCACAGCAAGUCAGGGGAUAGGGGCAAGGGGUUACUUCCCCUUGUCAUCAUUUUAUGACUGCUAUUAGGAGAUUUUUGUCAAUGUAAUGUAACUCAAAAUAAUUAAAUUAAGUGGGUAAAGAAAAUAAAACUUGUCAUAGUAUGCUGUGAA